UCCCGCUCACUCACACCCCCGACUCCCACAGUGAAGAGCACCGUCCCGCCUAUAUAUCCCGCGCAUGCACCGGCGUCUCGGCUUAGGCCGCAGCUCCAUCGACCGACCGACACACCGACCUCCUCGCCGCCGCGCGCAGAGACGCACCGGCACGGUGCGGCGUACCUGAGAACGCCGUAGCGUGCGCUUUCACGAGGCCGGGUCACCAUGAAGACCGGCGCCGGUGAGGCUGUCAAGUCGCCGAUGGCCGGGCUGCGGGCCGGGGCCAUCGUCAAGCUCAACGCCGCCUUCCUCGCCUUCUUCUUCCUCGUCUACAUGGCCCUCCUGCUCCACCCCAAGUACUCCCACAUCCUCGACCGCGGCGCCUCCUCUCUGGUCCGCUGCACCUUCCGCGACGCCUGCCCGUCCACGUCCCACCUCUCACGGAAGGUAAGCCGGGAGGAAGAUCAGUGGCGGCGGCGAACAAGGUGGUGGCGACGGAGCGGAUCGUGAACGCGGGGCGCGCGCCGACCAUGUUCAACGAGCUGCGCGGCCGGCUGCGGAUGGGCCUGGUGAACAUCGGCCGCGACGAGCUGCUGGCGCUGGGCGUGGAGGGAGACGCCGUGGGCGUGGACUUCGACCGCGUGUCGGACGUGUUCCGGUGGUCAGACCUGUUCCCGGAGUGGAUCGACGAGGAGGAGGAGGACGGCGUCCCCUCCUGCCCGGAGAUCCCCAUGCCGGACUUCUCCCGGUACGACGACGACGGCGUGGACGUGGUGGUGGCGGCGCUGCCGUGCAACCGGACGGCGGUCCGGGGGUGGAACCGCGACGUGUUCAGGCUGCAGGUGCACCUGGUGGCGGCGCACAUGGCGGCGCGGAAGGGGCGGCGCGACGGCGCCGGCCGGGUGCGCGUGGUGCUGCGGAGCGAGUGCGAGCCGAUGAUGGACCUGUUCCGGUGCGACGAGUCCGUGGGGCGGGAGGGGGACUGGUGGAUGUACAGCGUCGACGCGCCGCGCAUGGAGGAGAAGCUCCGGCUGCCCAUCGGCUCCUGCAACCUCGCGCUGCCGCUCUGGGGGCCAACAGGCAUCCACGAGGUGUUCAACGCGUCGGACCUAACAGCGGUGGACGCCGGCAGCCAGCGGCGCGAGGCGUACGCGACGGUGCUGCACUCGUCGGACCGGUACCUGUGCGGCGCCAUCGUGCUGGCGCAGAGCAUCCGGCGGUCGGGCUCCACCCGCGACAUGGUCCUCCUCCACGACCACACCGUCUCCAAGCCGGCCCUCCGCGCGCUGGUCGCCGCCGGCUGGAUCCCGCGCAGGAUCCGGCGCAUCCGCAACCCGCGCGCGGAGCGGGGCUCCUACAACGAGUACAACUACAGCAAGUUCCGGCUGUGGCAGCUGACGGAGUACUUCCGCGUCGUCUUCAUCGACGCCGACAUCCUUGUCCUCCGCUCCCUCGACGCGCUCUUCCGCUUCCCGCAGAUCUCCGCCGUGGGCAACGACGGCUCCCUGUUCAACUCCGGGAUCAUGGUGCUCGAGCCGUCCGCGUGCACGUUCGAGGCGCUCGUCCGCGGGCGGCGCACCAUCCGGUCCUACAACGGCGGCGACCAGGGGUACCUGAACGAGGUGUUCGUGUGGUGGCACCGACUGCCUCGCCGGGUGAACUACCUCAAGAACUUCUGGGCCAACACCACCGGGGAGCGGGCGCUCAAGGAGCGGCUGUUCAGGGCGGAGCCGGCGGAGGUGUGGUCCAUCCACUACCUCGGGCUCAAGCCCUGGAGGUGCUACAGGGACUACGACUGCAACUGGAACAUCGACGACCAGCGCGUGUACGCCAGCGACGAGGCGCACCGGCGGUGGUGGCAGGUGUAUGAUCAGAUGGGGGAGGUGAUGCGGGGGCCGUGCGCGCUGUCGGAGCGGAGGAAGAUCGAGAUCGCGUGGGACAGGCACGUCGCCCAGGAGAUCGGGUACGCCGACGAGCACUGGAAGAUCAACAUCACCGACCCCAGGAAAUGGGAGUAGUGCCACGCCACGGCGGGUCUCCGUGGACACGAACGUGACUAGUCUAACUGGCCGCGCCGGCCGGCCGGAGCGGCGGCAGCAGCUGAUCGAGCUCGCCGCAUUUUGAGUUAUGAUUUCUCUAUUAUUUUUUGUCCAUAUAAUACGUACGUAUACACAAGCAUGCAUGUGGUCAUUGCACAAACUUUGGUGGUUGAAUAAUGAGUAGUCAUUCAGUUGAGGAAA